UUUCGGUCUUUUAUUAAGGACUUGUUUGCCACAUUGAUUUUCGAUAGUUUAUUUUAACAUAUUUCAUAUCAAAUCUAAAGAUAAAAUAUUUUCAGGAGAUAUGUCUAAAACUCGUUUCUAUAAUUUUACCGACGCAAUUUCUAACGAUAUUGAUAGCCGUCGCUCAAUUUCCAACAAUACCAACAAUGAUGAGAAUAAUGAGGAUAAUGAUGACGAUUCAGAGUUCCUACAGGAUAUUCCUUAUUCUUCCAGCAGUCUAGACCGAAGUUCUAUAGGUUCAAUACCGUGGGCAGAUGAUGCUAUAAAGCAAAACCAAUUGGAUUGGGAGCAAGUAGAACGCAUGCUAAUUGGUGAAGAGCCCCUGCCAGAAGAACAAGAUUUGCGUAACGAAAUUUUAGAAUGGCAGCAAAAAUUUCCAAUUCUAUUGGAAAGAAAGAAUGUUAUGGAUUUAUCGGAAAAAAAGUUUUCAAAAAAAGAUUUAGAUAAUCCUCAAACUGGAGAAUCCCGAACGCUCAAUUUGGUUGACGAUUUGGUCUCACAUUUAAGUCUGAACAGCUCGGACGAAGAUGAUCGAUAUGAUGAACUGGAUACACCCACUGCUGUACCGCAACGGUUUGAUAAUUUUGGUGAUCACAUUUUAGUCAAAAGAAGUCCUACUAAAAAGUCGUACCUAGACAGACUUUCCGCAAAAAUGUCUUUGCUGCGGGUGACAGCAUUGCCUCUACACACAAGUCAGCAUAUUGAUGCUAUUAAAGCGAGCCCACAACAAAUCUCAACAAAACGUGAGAAUAGCGGAACUUCUAAUUCUUUACAUAUACAAAAACAACACAAAAAUAAGGUGUUCGAGCCGCAACAACGCUUUCGAAUGCCACCAAUUCUAAAUGUACUGGAGAGUAGGCGACGCUUCCGAAAUUUAACUUCAAACAAAAGCUUUGUCCAAUUGACACAUGUAAAGCCAUCGUACGCGAAAUCAGCCGCCGUAAUUCGACAAUCAGCAAGUAAUUUACCAAUUGGAUUACAGACGCGCGCCACACCUAUUUUCACGAGCCACCACCAGGAUGUGUGGCAGAAGCCAUUACUUGCAACGCGUGUAAGCAGUAAUUUCUUCAAUAACCGCAACACCAUCAUUUUGCCUUCGCUAAAUACACAACGCGUAACCGUUCAACAAGGACGAAACAGCACGACGUCCAGCACUGGAGCUGGCAGCAAAACGCAUAGUUUUUCGAAUUCGAAUUUCGCAUCUUCACCGAGCAGCAGCGCGGACAUUGAUUUACAGCCUCAGUAUGCCGCUAGCCGAUUUGUGUCGCGGUGGCAACAAAUCAACGCCCACCAUACUUCAACGUCGACAGGGACUGUUUCAACAGGGCGCUCAAUCUCGGCAGCUGUUCAUCAUCAUCCGCGCACAGAUACAGGAUUUGGAGAGUUAUAUAUGCCGUAUAAUGCGUACAAACAAGAUGGCUUCAAAUAGCAAUCACGUGCGUGGCGAUUUGUAUGAUGCGUCACAAUCUUCUAAGCUCUAAAGAGAAGUUAAACAGUGUUUCGAAUGCGAGAAAAGUUGAACAGCAACCGAAAGAAUUUAAAUUGGCAUGAGUGUAAUAAUACCGUUGAACUUUCUACCUCCACCCCUUAUUCAUACUUGUGCCUUGACAUUAAUGUAUGUUAUACCGAAAACAUGUGAAUUUGUUAAUAACUGCCAAUAUUUCCCACUUUUGAAGCACUGUUAAAAAAUAUUUAUACAAUGUAAUUGUGCAAAGUAAAUGUGAGCCGCAAAGAAACAUUGUAAUGGAACACGCGGCAUUUUUUCCCAAACUCCUCGUAUGUUUUCAAAUCAAAUAUAAAGUGCAUUUCUGCAUUUAAAUUUUGCUAAUACUAUAUAACUGUGGUAAAAUAAAUUCUGACAACAGUUUAGGGAAUCUGUUGAAAAACUAUAAAA